GGGGCGGGCGCUGCGAUGGGGAGGCGGCCGCGCUCCCUCCCCGCUCUCUGACAGCUGGGUUUUCUUACGCCGAGGGGAUCCGGGGAGGGGGGGGUUGCGUUUUGAUCUCGGUCGCCAGCCGUUCCUCCUCCUGCUCCGGCAUCGCCGUCCUGCCCGCAGCAUUAGGACUUAAGGAGCUUGAUUCCUCAAGGCUCGCGUCCGAGGGCAUCAGUGCUCAGCACGCUGAGCUACAUCUGCUUCUUGGCUAAGGCUGAAGAAAGACGUCUUAAGCUGGCAAUCCCGUGCAGGCGGCAGCAGGUCCCCGAGCGGCGCGGGCUGGGCGGUGCGCGGGGAUGAUGGAGUGAAAGUCGCCGCUUGCAGGAGAGGAUUCCGCGGAGGAAAGGAGCGGGCUGACGGCAGAAGCAGGGGAGAGGAGCAGCAGGUGGAAGGCUGGCGCAGAGCCGGGAGGUACCGCAGGCUGUCCGCUUCUUUCGGCCGUCCCCGCAGUAAGCCCCGCUGCUGUCGCCCGGCAGCUUCCCAGCGUGUCCUUCCCUCCCUCCCCACCCGCUGCCUGCAGUGCUGCCGCUGACAGAAAGGCGCCAGGGAAGCAGAAGGAGAAGAUGCCAGCCAUCCUGGUGGCCUCCAAGAUGAAGUCGGGACUGCCCAAACCCGUGCACAGCGCCGCACCCAUCCUGCACGUCCCGGCGGCCAGGGCGAUCCCGCAGCCCUGCUACCUGAAGUUCGGCAGCAGGGUGGAGGUGACGAAGCCGUCCUAUUCCAGCCAGAUCCCUCUCAAGUCCCCCAGCGGGCAGGAGAGCGCCGGGGAUGGACCGCCGCCGAGGAAGGGCAGCUCGGUGGAAAGCGCGUUUGACACUCAGAUUUACACGGAUUGGGCUAAUCACUAUCUGGCAAAAUCUGGCCACAAGAGAUUGAUAAAGGAUCUGCAGCAAGAUGUGACCGAUGGAGUCUUACUAGCUGAAAUAAUCCAGGUUGUAGCAAAUGAAAAGAUUGAAGACAUCAAUGGCUGCCCAAAAAACAGAUCUCAAAUGAUUGAAAACAUAGAUGCAUGCCUGAGUUUCCUGGCUGCUAAGGGGAUUAACAUACAGGGGCUGUCAGCAGAAGAAAUCCGGAAUGGGAAUCUAAAGGCCAUCUUGGGCCUUUUCUUCAGUUUGUCUCGAUACAAGCAACAGCAGCAGCAGCCACAGAAACAGCCACCACAGCACCAUCUGUCCCAGCCAGCUCCCUCCGUGUCCCAGCACACAGGGCCUCCAUCUCAGGGCCAGGCUGGGCCGCAGCAGCAGCAGCAAGUCCCAGCUUCGCUCCAAACUCAGUGCCAACAGCCUCAGCAAGCUGCACAGCAUCCAUUCAAAGCACAACCAGAAAUGCAGUCAAGUGCAUCUCCCAGGGACUCAUCUCAAAGCAAAAUCAUCCGAUUCACUCUUGGUCAGAAAAAGUCUUCUAGGCUCCCAGGUCCGACCACGAGGGUGUCCACUGCAGGCAGUGAGACAAAAACUCGUGGUUCUAUCAGUACCAACAAUCGCCGCAGCCAGAGCUUUAACAAUUAUGACAAGUCCAAGCCUGGAGUUCUUUUUCCAGCACCCACAAGUUGCAAUGAAAAAGAGCCUGCAGACAGUACAGCUUUCCAGCCCACAGGAAUGAAUGAAAAUGUAUCAUCUUCAGUUCAGAGCUGCAGCAGUACUACUAGUUGCAAUAACUCCUCGGCCAUCCCUCAGCCCAGCUCUGCUAUUAAGCCUUGGCGCAGCAAGUCCCUCAGCGCUAAGCACACAGCAACGUCUUCCAUGCUGUCUGUAAAGCAGCCCGUACCAGAGCCUCCAAAGCCACCCUCAGAAGUUGUCAAAACAACUCCCAAUGGCCAAAAAUCUAUGCUGGAAAAGUUGAAACUCUUCAAUAGCAAAGGAGGCUCCAAAGCAGGGGGGACAACGCUUGAGUGUUCAGCGUCUCGUGACAACAGUUGUGAAAAGCUAGAGACACUUCCCAGCUUUGAGGAGAGCGAAGAAAUCGAUGCCACAAACCAGAAUGUGAGCAAUCCAGGAUCGAUGUCCAGUAGCCCCAAAAUUGCACUCAAGGGAAUCGCACAAAGGACUUUUAGCCGGGCACUGACUAAUAAGAAAAGUUCUCCCAAGGGCAAUGAGAAGGAGAAAGAGAAACAGAAGGAGAAAGAAAAGGAUAAAAGUAAAGACACGGGGAAAAGAACAUCUAUCACCGAAAAGCUGGAUGUAAAAGAGGAAUCAAAAGAAGAACAGACAGUGCUAGCAACAACAGAGAUGCCAAAAAAGUCCUCAAAGAUUGCAAGCUUUAUUCCGAAAGGAGGAAAGCUGAACAGUGCCAAGAAGGAGGCCUCAGCCCCUUUGCACAGUGGAAUACCAAAACCAGGAAUGAAAAACACCGCAGGGAAAUCCUCAAGUGCCCCAGUUUCUACAAAAGAAAGCGAGAGGAGCCGCAGUGGGAAACCUGGCUCGGGACUCUCGCAUCAGAAGUCUCAGCUAGACAGCAGGAAUUCCAGUUCCUCUUCAAGCUUAGCCUCUUCCGAAGGAAAAGGCAUCGGAGGCCUCAACAGCAGCAACAGCAGCCAGUCUGUCAGCGGGCCAGCCACCACACACAGCACGGGAAGCAACACCGUCAGUGUUCAGCUACCUCAGCCCCAGCAGCAAUAUAGCCACCCGAAUACAGCCACAGUAGCUCCGUUCAUGUACAGAUCACAGACAGAGAAUGAAGGAAAUGUAACAGCUGAGGCCAGCACGGGAGGGGUCAGCAUGGAUUCUACUCUCUAUGUCAAAACUGGACAGCCUGGUCUCGAAGACCUCUCAGGAGAGGAUCCAGAAACUCGGCGAUUACGAACUGUGAAAAACAUUGCCGAUCUUCGACAGAACUUGGAGGAAACAAUGUCCAGUUUGCGAGGAACCCAGGUCACUCACAGCACGUUGGAAACUACAUUUGACACCAAUGUGACCACCGAGAUAAGCGGUCGCAGCAUUCUCAGCUUGACAGGGCGACCAACCCCUUUGUCGUGGAGACUGGGGCAGUCCAGCCCCCGCCUGCAGGCAGGUGAUGCUCCAUCCAUGGGAAAUGGGUAUCCUCCCAGAGGGAAUGCCAGCCGCUUCAUCAACACGGAAUCGGGACGUUACAUGUAUUCAGCACCUUUGCGAAGACAGCUAGCAUCUCGUGGCAGCAGUGUCUGCCAUGUGGACAUCUCAGACAAAGGAAGUGAUGAAAUAGAUCUGGAAGGCAUCACCAUGGAUGCCACCGGCUACAUGAGUGAUGGAGAUGUGCUGGGCAAGAAUAUCAGGACUGACGAUAUCACCAGUGGGUAUAUGACUGAUGGUGGCUUGGGCCUCUACACUCGAAGGCUAAACCGGCUGCCUGAUGGCAUGGCUGCAGUGCGAGAGACGAUGCAGCGCAACACGUCCCUGGGACUCGGGGAUGCUGACAGCUGGGAUGACAGCAGCUCUGUCAGCAGUGGGAUCAGUGACACCAUAGAUAAUCUCAGCACUGAUGACAUUAACACCAGCUCCUCUAUCAGCUCUUAUGCCAACACACCUGCCUCCUCCCGUAAAAACUUAGAUGCACAGACUGAUGCAGAAAAGCAUUCCCAGGUCGAGCGGAAUUCCUUAUGGUCCAGUGAUGAAGUCAAGAAAUCAGACGGAGGAUCCGACAGUGGCAUAAAAAUGGAGCCAGGAUCUAAAUGGAGGCGGAAUCCCUCUGAUGUGUCUGAUGAAUCUGAUAAAAGCACUUCUGGUAGGAAGAACACUGUUAUUUCGCAGACGGGUUCCUGGAGACGGGGCAUGUCGGCUCAGGUUGGCAUUACCACACCAAGGACUAAACCUUCAACCACCUCGGGCACAUUAAAGACACCUGGAACAGGGAAAACUGAUGACGCCAAGGUAUCAGAAAAGGGUAGACUAUCUCCUAAGGCUGGACAUGUUAAACGUUCCCCAUCAGAUGCAGGACGCAGCAGUGGUGAUGAAUCCAAAAAGCUUCCCACAAGUAACUCUAGAACAACUGCUGCUAAUGCUAAUACAUUCGGAUUUAAGAAACAGAGCGGGUCAGCCGUAGGCAUGACUAUAAUUACUGCCAGUGGGGCAACUAUCACCAGUAGAUCAGCUACUCUGGGAAAAAUCCCAAAGUCAUCCGGACUCAUGGGUAGGACCACUGGUCGGAAGACUAGUGUUGAUGGCUCACAGAACCAGGAUGAUGGCUACUUAGCACUUAGUGCCCGAACUAACCUUCAGUAUCGUAGUUUACCCCGGCCCAGUAAAUCAAGUAGCAGAAGUGGAGCUGGGAAUAGAUCUAGCACUAGUAGCAUAGACUCCAACAUAAGCAGCAAAUCAGCUGGGUUGCCUGUCCCUAAAAUGAGAGAGCCUGCCAAGGUAAUUCUUGGAAGCUCUCUGCCAGGAUUAGUCAAUCAGACUGAUAAAGAGAAAGGGAUUUCGUCUGACAACGAAAGCGUGGCCUCAUGUAAUUCUGUUAAAGUGAACCCUGCAUCACAGACUGCUUCUAGUGGAGCUCAAAGUACUCACCAGCAAGGAGCCAAGUACCCUGAUGUGGCCUCUCCCACUUUGCGCAGACUUUUUGGUGGAAAGCCUAGUAAACAAGUUCCCAUCACAACAGCAGAAAAUAUGAAAAAUUCAGUAGUCAUCUCCAAUCCUCAUGCUACUAUGAACCAGCAGGGUAAUCUUGAUUCACCAUCUGGCAGUGGUAUACUAAGCAGUGGGGGCAGCAGUCCUCUCUAUAGUAAAAACACAGAUUUGAACCAGUCUCCACUAGCUUCUAGUCCCAGUUCUGCACAUUCAGCUCCUUCCAACAGUUUAACAUGGGGCACCAACGCAAGUAGCUCUUCAGCUGUUAGCAAGGAUGGCAUUGGCUAUCAGUCUGUCAGCAGUCUUCAUACCAGCUGUGAAUCCAUUGAUAUCUCUCUGAGCAGUGGAGGUGGGCUGAGCCAUAACUCCUCCGGUAGCUUGAUUCCAGCCUCUAAAGAUGAUUCUCUGACUCCCUUUGUCCGAACCAACAGUGUUAAGACCACACUGUCUGAAAGCCCUCUUUCUUCCCCUGCUGCUAGUCCCAAAUUCUGCAGAAAUACUUUGCCCAGGAGACAGGACAGCGACCCACAUCUUGAUAGGAACACUUUGCCUAAGAAGGGACUCAGGUAUACUCCUUCCUCCCAACUUCGUAGCCAGGAAGAUGCAAAAGAAUGGCUACGGUCACAUUCAGCAGGAGGGCUCCAGGACACUGCUGGCAAUUCUCCAUUUUCAUCAGGAUCCAGCAUAACAUCACCUUCUGGAACUAGAUUUAACUUCUCCCAGCUUGCAAGCCCAACCACUGCAGCCCAGAUGAGCUUGUCAAAUCCAACCAUGCUGCGGACCCAUAGCCUUUCCAAUGCAGAUGGCCCCUAUGACCCCUAUAGUGACACACGCUUCAGGAACAGCUCCAUGUCCUUGGACGAGAAGAGCAGAACAAUGAGCCGAUCUGGCUCGUUCCGUGAUGGCUUUGAAGAAGUGCAUGGUUCUUCUCUCUCUUUGGUAUCCAGUACGUCAUCUAUUUAUUCAACACCUGAAGAGAAGUGCCAAUCAGAGAUUCGCAAGCUACGAAGAGAGUUGGAUGCAUCCCAAGAGAAAGUAUCAGCUCUGACAACUCAGCUGACUGCGAAUGCCCACCUUGUGGCAGCAUUUGAGCAGAGUCUGGGAAACAUGACGAUCAGACUGCAGAGCCUCACCAUGACAGCUGAACAAAAGGACUCUGAACUGAAUGAGCUAAGGAAGACUAUUGAACUACUGAAGAAGCAAAAUGCUGCUGCCCAGGCUGCCAUUAAUGGAGUCAUCAACACACCUGAGCUCAACUGCAAAGGAACUGGAGCUGCUCAACCCACAGACUUGCGGAUCCGAAGACAGCACUCUUCGGAUAGCGUCUCCAGCAUUAACAGUGCUACCAGCCACUCUAGCGUGGGAAGCAACAUAGAGAGUGAUUCAAAGAAAAAGAAGAGGAAGAACUGGGUCAAUGAGUUACGCAGCUCCUUCAAGCAAGCUUUUGGUAAAAAGAAGUCUCCCAAGUCAGCAUCUUCUCAUUCGGAUAUUGAGGAGAUGACAGAUUCUUCAUUACCUUCAUCACCAAAGCUACCACACCAUAACUCUACCGUUUCUACACCAUUGCUGAGAGCUUCUCAUUCCAAUUCUCUUAUUUCUGAAUGCACAGACAGUGAAGCUGAAACAGUCAUGCAGUUACGCAAUGAACUAAGAGACAAGGAGAUGAAGUUGACUGACAUUCGUCUAGAAGCCCUUAGCUCUGCUCAUCAGCUUGACCAGCUUCGGGAGGCAAUGAACAGAAUGCAGAGUGAAAUUGAGAAGUUAAAAGCAGAAAAUGAUCGACUGAAGUCUGAAAACCACAGCAGCUGUAGCAGGGCUCAGUCUCAGGCUUCCAUUUCAUCCUCUCCAAGACAUUCAGUGGGUCUCUCUCAACACAGUUUGAACCUCACAGAGUCAACUAGUCUCGACAUGCUGUUAGAUGACACUGGUGAUGGCUCUGCCCGGAAGGAAGGAGGCAGACAUGUCAAAAUAGUUGUCAGUUUUCAGGAUGAAAUGAAAUGGAAGGAGGAUUCAAGGCCGCGUACCUUCCUCAUAGGUUGCAUUGGAGUGAGCGGGAAGACCAAAUGGGAUGUUCUGGAUGGUGUUGUUAGACGGCUGUUUAAGGAGUACAUCAUUCACGUGGAUCCAGUGAGUCAGCUGGGGCUGAAUUCAGACAGUGUUCUGGGUUACAGCAUUGGAGAGAUCAAACGCACAAAUAGUGCCGAGACACCUGAGCUGUUGCCCUGUGGCUAUCUGGUUGGAGAAAACAAUACUAUUUCAGUUACCAUCAAAGGUAUCUGUGAAAACAGCUUGGACUGCCUGGUGUUUGAAUCACUGAUCCCAAAGCCCAUACUGCAGCGCUACAUCUCUCUCCUGAUGGAACACCGGCGGAUUAUCUUGUCUGGCCCCAGUGGCACUGGUAAAACAUACCUAGCAAACCGGCUCUCUGAGUAUAUGGUCCUGCGGGAGGGCAGGGAGCUGGCUGACGGAAUUAUUGCAACCUUCAACGUGGACCAUAAGUCCAGUAAGGAACUUCGCCAAUACCUGUCCAACCUAGCAGACCAAUGUAAUAGUGAAAAUAAUGCUGUAGAUAUGCCUCUUGUAAUUAUUUUGGACAACUUGCAUCAUGUUAGCUCCCUAGGAGAGAUCUUCAAUGGACUUCUAAAUUGCAAGUACCACAAAUGUCCGUAUAUUAUUGGCACAAUGAACCAAGCCACCUCCUCAACACCAAAUCUUCAACUUCACCAUAAUUUCAGAUGGGUGCUAUGUGCUAACCACACUGAGCCAGUCAAGGGCUUUCUUGGCCGUUUCCUGAGAAGAAAACUGAUUGAAACAGAGAUCAGUGGCAGAAUGAGAAAUGCAGAGCUGGUUAAAAUUAUUGAUUGGAUUCCAAAGGUCUGGCAACAUCUGAACAAGUUCUUGGAGGCUCAUAGCUCCUCUGAUGUUACUAUUGGUCCACGGCUCUUCCUCUCUUGUCCAAUAGAUGUAGAUGGUUCAAGAGUUUGGUUUACUGACUUGUGGAACUACUCCAUCAUCCCAUACCUUCUGGAGGCAGUUAGAGAAGGGCUUCAGCUGUAUGGGAGGAGAGCUCCCUGGGAGGAUCCUGCCAAAUGGGUAAUGGACACAUACCCAUGGGCAGCCACCCCGCAGCACCAUGAGUGGCCUCCUCUGCUACAGCUGCGGCCUGAGGAUGUCGGGUUUGAUGGCUACUCCUUGUCACGGGAAGGCUCAACCAGCAAACAAGUUCCAGUGAGUGACGCUGAAGGAGAUCCACUGAUGAACAUGCUAAUGAGACUGCAAGAAGCAGCCAACUACUCAAGUCCCCAGAGUUACGACAGUGACUCUAACAGCAACAGCCAUCACGAUGACAUACUCGAUUCAUCUCUGGAAUCAACGUUGUGAUCUUCAUCAGAUAGAAAUAGGUCAUUUCCAUGAUUGCUCUCCUGCUCGACAAGAGUCCCAAUCACAAACUCAUGAGAGGAAUGUGUUCCUGGGCUGGUAUCUCAGUAUUAGAGCUGCAAGAACAAGAAGACACUUAGAGUCAGUCUUGAACCUGGGUGCAGGCAACCCAAGCAACCUUUGUAUUGUUUUUCUUCUUACAAUGAUAAGAACUGCACUAUUCCUUUAUUUUCUUCUGUUUAGUUGCUGUAAGCUCUCAUGCCUAAGAUACUGAAGAUGUUAAAAAUAGUCAUCGUUACUAAAAGAAAAAAUACUUAAAGGGGAGGGAUUUCACAGCUAUGAAGCAAACAGCUUUGUGCCAUGUAGAGAAGGAGAGGGGAGAGGAAAUUUUUGCCUUUGCUGCUUUUGACCAAACACAUUUAGGUGAGGGCUGGGCUUUUACCAAUCAGCUUUGCAGAUUAAACUCAGCUUUGUAUAGUUUUGGUGCUAUAACAAUAUUGCUUGCCUUGGUAUAAUACUCCGUAAAGGCAAAGCUGCUAAACAGGGAAGUUUGAAUAAAUAUAAUAAAAAAGGGGGGUAAGGGGGGGGGGUUGGAAAAAAAGAAUGAAAAGAAAAAACACUGCUCUCCUUGCCAGUCUGAGACCUUGGCUUUCUUUCGUUAUGUGUUUGUAAAGAUAGACAUAUAUAUAAAUAGGAAUAUAUAAAAGUAUAUAUACAGUCUGAACAAAUCAGGUUUUUUCCAGCACUGUGUAACCAUCAGUCCUACUACUGGUUAACUAUCAGGUGGCCCUCUGCUGUGCAGGGCCCAAUUCUCCUCCCACAUCCUUCCCUGGUGCUCAGUUGACUUCAGUGGGAGGGAGUUUCCCUCCUCUGCAGAAGUCAGCAGAAGUCCUACAGCUCUAGGGGACCUUAGGGACCAUGUGGGCAUCCCAUGAGUCCUAUGCGCAGCGGGUAGGUAGCUACACCCCUGAAGGGAUGGGUCAGACUUUCAGUUCUUAAUUCUUGCCAUGAAACAUUACAGCAGUUUUCUAAAAACGUUGGGUUUUGUUCAGGGUUUUUGUUCCGAUCAGCACAACCAUGAAUGGGUUAGUUACAACUCAGCUCUGUGACACUUCCAAGUGCUACUCUGAUGACCACAUUUCCUCCCAUGGCUUUUCAUUUUAACUGCAAACAAACAAGCAAACAAAGUAUUUUAGCAGGAAGGAAGGUACUGUGUCUUUUGAGUUUACCCAGGCCAUGCUUUUGAGUUUUGGCAGAGCUGUGAACCUGGUUUUAUUUCUCCUCCUCUCCAAACACGCACACCUGCGCUCUCAGUGUUAAGGCUUUGUACUUCUGUUGGGAAGAACAGGAGCACCUCACCAAGAAUUGCACUUUCCGCUCCAUGGAAGCAAACACUCACACCAGCAGCCCCACCAAGCCAGCUGCCUUGGGCUGUACCUCAACACAACCACCACUCCUCACUGUUGACCUGUACGAGCCUUUCCUGCUAUCUUUUGGUGCUGAAUUUUAAAGCGAUGCCUUAUUUUAUACUAAUUGUGUUGAUUAAAUUAGUGCUGUAUAUUCUGGGAUUUUAUUUAAAUAAACAGGACUAAGUCAUCUCUUGGAAUAUCAUACAUUGCUGUGAAUAUGAUUUGUACAAGACACUAGAAUUUGUUGCAAUGUGACAAAAAAAAAAAAAAAAAAGGAGGGAGAUGAUGAGAACUUUUCAGGUUCAUAUCAACAUGCAGCUGUAAAUCCCUGAAGAGCUCUUUUAUCCGUGCAGGAAAAGUUUAAAAAAAAAAAAAAAAGAUUUUCAACUAAAAUAAAUGCUGUCAUUAUUAAAUUACAGAAACGUGCUGGGGUUUGUCAGGGUACAGAAAGAAAACUCAUUAGGUUUGUUCUUCAAGAGCCUGUUAAUCCUUGUGGGUUUAAAGUAAUGGAAGAGAGAAGUUCAUGCUCCUGGGACUCAGUUGGAGAGGAUAGUUUGAUGAUACCUCAUGACUUCCUGUAACAUACCUGUGCUUAUGUUGUCUUACUGAGCUGGUCUUGAAUCUGCUCCUGUUACAACUUCUAAGUGCUGAUGACUCUUUUUUUUAUUAUUAUUUUAAAGAAAAAUAUUGUAAGAGAAAAAUUUAAAUAUUUUAAUGAUGGGGGGAAGCUUCCUGUUGUUGCUGUUUUUAACUCUCUGAACUCUUUUGUUAUGUCACUGAAUGAAAUACCAAGGGCUUACUCAGCCGAUGUUCCUGAUGUGGCCUUGGUACUAUCCAAAUGGGGUGUGUCUGUAUGGAGUUAAACGCAUGGCAUGCUGGUGAUGACUUACAGAGAGGUGAAUUUUUCCAGUAGUCCUGACAGUUCUGCCUCCCAGCACUGACUUUACCUGCUACUACUGUGAAUGUUGAUGCCUAAUUCUCCAACUCAAUCCAUGCAGACAUAGCAUGUGCCUGUUGCAGGACUAGGGCUUUCAAUGGACUUGAUAUCCUAGAAAACAUCUCAGUUAAUCUUUGACUGAGUUCUGUAAGACAUGUUUAUAAUGGUGUUUUUAUUUGCGGGGAAUGGGGUAUUUUUUUUCUCAUGUUUAAUCCUGUGCUUAUGCCCAGGAAGGAAUUUCUGUUGUCUAUUAUUUUCUAUUGAUGCUAAUAUGGGUUACAGUAAAGAGCAAUUUGGAGUGGGAUGCUUAUCCUAAGCAUCACAGGAUUCAGUGUCUUUCUGAAACUUUGGGAGGCAGGGUUACCCACAGUGCACACUUAGUUUUUAUCAAGACUUCAGUCUUUCUCUAAGUGACUUUCUUCUCAUUUAAGGCUUUUUCAAUAACACUUCCUUUCCUUUUGCCUUUUUUUUUUUUUCCUACAAAGUUGGCUUGUUUUAAAGGAGAACAACAAGGGAAAAAAAAAAAUAAAUCAAGUUUCUAUGCAACAUUCACGUUGUGUUAUAAACUGAAAAUAUAAACCAUUUUCUUCAAAACUGCCAAGAGUGAUACAGGCCAUAAAUGAGAUGUGGUUUAUUUGGGGAAGGGGAGGGAGGGGUUUCAUCUUUUUGUACAUUUUGGAAGAAGCAAACUGGUAUUUCAUUGUUGAUGCUUAACUUCGAUAUUAUGUGUACGAAACCUUGUCUAAAUGUGGCAAUUUUCUUUCAAGAAAAAAAAAUACAAAAACUAAGCAAAAAAAAAAAAUCUUUCUUUGUCGAUAUUAAAUGGAAGGUUGCUGUUUUAAUCUAGUCGUUUCCAGUGGAGCAGUUUAUGAAAUAUGUUCUAUAAGAUGUACAUUUUUUCAUUGUAACAUAGAAAUGUAAAUAUUUGAUUAAAAGUGCUGCAUUUUGAUGAAUUUUUUCUAGCCAUUUUUAAAGAGAAAAACUAGGAAUCGAGUAUUUUGUGUACGUUUAUGAUGUUUUCCAUUUGCUCCUCUCCCUAUUUAAUUUUCAGUUCUCAUUUAGGAUUGGAAUUUGUGAAUGGUCUGUUUGAGAUCAUGCCUCCCCUUUCUCCCCCUCUCCGUUUCUCCCCUUCCCCCCACCCCUGUGUCAUGGAGAAUAAAGCUGAUGAUUGUACCAGUCUUAAAUUAUUCAUGAUUCAAUAAAAUUGAUGCUUAUUUAUUCAAA